AUCCAUGUGGAUGUACUAUGAAAUCUAGAAUGGUCACAAACCCAGCGUCUGUUCAACUUUGUUGAACGAGGGUACCUGUCACUCUCCCAGGACUCCCAGCACAGGGGCUAAGCUUAGCUAUUCAGGUCCCAACGAUAUGGAUAUUUUAGCUGCAGCCAAGGGGAGGAGAGCUGUCUGCCAACAUGGAGGUUUUGCAGGAAUUUUUUGAUACCCAUUUCAUAUUUUGAGCUUUCGUUUCUGUUUCUAGGGUUUGUGUGCUGCUGUCGACGAUGGGUUGGAAGUACAAAGCUGGGUUGGGCUUGAUUGGAACUGUUGUUUUCAUAUGGGUCGCUUCUGCAGAGAUUACUCAGAGAAUCUUCUCAGAGUAUAAACAGCCAUUUGCACUUACUUAUCUUGGGGUGUCACUUAUGGUGGUAUAUCUACCUAUAGCAGUUCUUAAAGACUGGAUCUGCCGCAGACUGGACAUAAAUUCAUUUAAGAACCUUUGCAAUGGCAGCACCAUUGCCAAGUCUUCAGCUGGUUUAGCUAUUCCUCUUAGAAUAAAUGAAAUAUGCCCUAGUUCAGAAACAGAUACGGAAAGCAGUUUAAAUACAGACAUGGACCUUAGUGAAAAUGAAGAUGGUUGGUUGAUCAUCACAAACAUGGAGGAUGAGGUUGGCUUACUUGAAAAGAACCAUGAACUCAGCUCAUGGGAAAUUGCCAAGUGUGGUUUUUAUCUUGCUCCUAUAUGGUUUAUUACAGAGUACUCGUCAAACUCUGCCCUGGCAAAUACUAGUGUUGCAAGCACCACUGUCUUGACAUCUACAUCAGGGCUCUUUACACUUUUCUUUGGAGCUCUUCUUGGUCAGGACACCGUAAAUAUCACAAAGGUUGUUGCUGUUUUUAUUAGCAUGGCUGGUGUUGCCAUGACCACGGUUGGAAAAACUUGGGCACCUGAUGAAAUGCUGAGCGCCUCUGAGAGUAGAAAGCACUCCAUCAUAGGAGACAUUUUUGGUCUUCUGUCAGCUGUAUCUUAUGGCUUAUUUACAGUGUUGCUCAAGAGAUCUGCUGGAUCAGAAGGAGACAAGGCUGAUGUGCAAAAAUUCUUUGGUUAUAUUGGUCUCUUCACUCUUCUUGGCUUUUGGUGGCUUGCUUGGCCACUUAAUGCUGUGGGGAUUGAACCCCAGUUCAAGUUGCCGCAUUCAACAUCCAUUGGAGAAGUCGUGCUGUUAAAUGGCUUCGUGGGCAGUGUUCUUUCAGAUUAUUUUUGGGCCCUUUCCGUUGUCUGGACUACUCCAUUAGUUGCAACGCUGGGGAUGUCGUUGACAAUACCCCUGGCAAUGAUAGCUGACAUGAUGAUCCAUGGACGUCGGUACUCUGCUGUCUACAUCUUUGGAUGCAUCGAGGUUUUUGCAGGAUUUGUUAUAGCCAACCUUUCAGAUAAGUUUUCACCAAAGGCAGAAAGCUCGUAUUCUAACUGAACCCAUGUAUCAAAAAGUUAACAGAAACAGAUAUGAAAUAGAAGCGAUGUUUUGUAUUGUGUAAAUUCUCAGUGAUGGGAAAAUGUUGAACCCCCUAACUCUUGUUGUAUCGCCAUGUUAACUCACAAAAUAUGGAAUAUAAGUAGUGCAGUAAUCCGAAUGAGGCCAUUCUUCCAUUGGUUC